AUGAUGUUUGAAACAGUUCCCGAAGAAUCGAGCGGUUGUGGGCUCGACGAUGAUGAUGAUAGUAGUAAAUGUUCUUCCCUGAGUGAUCUGAACGAUGAUGAUGAUGAUGUCAAGCCCAACAACAAUAAGAGGCCCAGUAUCCUGUCUUAUGCUAAUGCAGAAGACACCCACAAUGCCUCGUUUAGUAGUCGUGGCACCAUUGGGCAAGCAGGUGAUGCACAGGUUUCCAAUGGCCGCAACAGGGUCUUGGCAUCCAUUGUCAUCACAGCGGUCGUCCUCACCAUUGCUACCAGUGUGGCUCUGGCCAAGACGACGGCACAAGGAGCGCUACCCUCCAUCUUUGCCUUGUUGAUCAUCCUUGCCUUUGUAAACGUGGGAUACCUCUUUUACGUCUACGACAAGCAAGUUCAACGGCGUCUCUCGUCUCAUCAGGCUGCUCGCAAGGAAACCGCUGCGCUGACGAAACAACAACAAGGCACCGCUGCUCCUCCUCCUGUGUACUAUGAUAUGUGCAAUGACGGUGACAGCAUUAAUAAGGGAGCAACAACAACAACAACAAGAACAACCACCAAUGUCAUUCAACACAGUGUCAAUAGUCUAUUGAAACCCUUCCGCGGUGGCGGCGGCAAGUCUAGCAGUCAGACCUUUAGUAGUACUGGUGAUGGCACAACCAGCGAUCAGCAUCAGCUGAGUCAUGACCAUGGUAUGGCAUCCACCGAGAGUCUCGACAAGUUUCUAGGAGCAGUCCAACGUCAACCAAGCUUUCUCAUGGGAGACAAUUCGGCACGAAGCAGCGGUAGCGGUGCUGGGACAAAACCCACAACGCUGUCGCUGCAUCAGCAAACCAAGUCCGUGGCCGAGUUCUUUCCAGAAACAACCGUCUUGUUUGCCGAUGUCCAAGGGUUUACGGCUUGGUCUUCUGUCCGAGAACCAUCUCAAGUCUUUACUCUCCUGGAAAGUUUGUUUCAUGCCUUUGAUGGAAUCGCGCAAAGACGCAAUGUUUUCAAGGUGGAGACCGUUGGAGAUUGCUACGUAGCUGUCACGGGUAUACCGCAACCUCGCAAAGAUCACGCUGUCAUCAUGUGCCGUUUUGCACACGACUGUCUCCACAAAAUGGGCAUUGUCUGCCGCAAGCUAGAGAAGCAGCUGGGGCCCGAAACUGGUGAUUUAGGCUUGAGAAUUGGUCUGCAUUCUGGUGCCGUCACCGGUGGCGUCCUGCGAGGCAAACGCAGCAGGUUUCAGUUGUUCGGUGAUACUGUGAACACGGCAGCUCGCAUCGAAAGCACUGGAAUGGGAAACAAGAUCCACCUGUCGGAGACCACAGCAGAAUUGGUGAAGAGAGCAGGGAAAUCUCAUUGGGUAACCCAAAGGGAAGACAAAAUUGAAGCCAAAGGACUCGGAGUUCUUCAGACAUACUUCCUCCAAGUUCAAUCGACGGAGAACGAUGUUGAGAUUGAUUUGCGCAGCGACGAUGACGACGAAGACGACUCGCAAGUUCAAGAAGAUAUGAAUGCAACAAUGAACACUGAAAGCCCAGACAACAGCAGCAGCAACGGCACCGCAGCAGCAACACACAACGCUGCUAGUUCCAUUUCCGCUUCCAAAGCGUUGGGCACCCAGACAUCAUCUGCCAAGGUUGAACGCUUGGUGGAUUGGAAUGUUGAUCUUCUGGCCAGACUGCUGAAGCACGUAGUGGCUAGGAGACUGGUGCUGGUCGCCUCGGACCCUCAGAGAAAGGAGGACGCCGACGAAUCUGUUUUCAUGACACGUGCUGGGACCCUUUUGGAGGAAGUGAAAGAGACGAUUGAAUUGCCUCAUGACCGAACCAUGGUUGCGGAACAGGCCAAGUACGUCGAACUAGAACCAGCUGUACACGAACAACUCAAGGACUACGUCCGUUCUGUUGCCAAUAUGUAUCCGAAUCAUGGGUUCCACAACUUUGAGCAUGCCAGUCACGUGACGAUGUCUGUCGCGAAGCUCCUAUCUCGCAUCGUCGCACCCAGCGCCCACGAGUUCAAUGCCUCAUCAGAGGCAGAAGGGAACACUCUUCACGACCAUACUUACGGGAUCACGUCCGAUCCACUUACACAGUUUACGUGUGUCCUUUCGGCAUUGAUUCAUGAUGCCGAUCACCCUGGAGUGCCAAACUCUCAGCUUGUGGAAGAGAAAACAGUGGAAGCUGAACUUUACAAGGGAAAGAGUGUAGCAGAAUCGAACUCUGUCGACAAAUGCUGGAGUCUGUUAAUGGAGACACGAUACAGCGAUUUGCGAAAGACAAUCUACACUACCGCAGAAGGGCUUGCGAGGUUCCGAAGCCUACUAGUCAAUUCGGUUAUGGCCACCGAUAUCUGUGACCCAGAUCUCAAAGGGCUAAGGAAUGGACGCUGGGACAGGGCCUUUGACAAAGACGGAAAAUCACCGGAGCAGAGUGCCAAGGCCGCGAAUGACCGCAAGGCUACCAUUGUCAUUGAGCAUCUCAUUCAAGCAUCGGAUGUGUCGCAUACGAUGCAACAUUGGCAUGUCUACAGGAAAUGGAACGAGCGACUAUUCAGAGAGUGCUAUAAGGCAUACAGGGAAGGGCGAGCUCAGGAUCCUUCCACAAGUUGGUACGAAGGGGAGAAAGGGUUCUUUGACUUCUACAUAAUCCCCCUUGCUAAAAAGCUGAAAGAAUGCGGCGUUUUUGGUGUAUCGAGCUCGGAAUAUCUUGACUACGCUUUGAACAAUAGGCGUGAAUGGGAAUUAAGAGGUCAAGACGUUGUCCGCGAUAUGGUCGCCAACGUGAUAAUGAUUGAACGGCAGAUGGGCAAUCAGCAGGCUCAGGACUAG